GGUUGCCUGUGUAAACGUAGAAAAUGGCGGAAUAUAAGGACGCAUAACGUUUACAAUAUAUUUGCGGGUUUUUCCUCAUAAARUAUGGCUGUUUUUGCUAAGUAGUUUAAAUCAUUGAUAAUGUACAAGAGUAUGCUAAUGUCUCGUUUAUUUCGCGGCCAGUUAAAGAGGGAACUUUUAUUUUACAAGCACUUUUCUACAAGCAAGUUUACCCACGACCUAAAAUGGCGGCGUGUACCUUUCAAUGGAAUUAGUGCAGAUCUUGGGGUGCUACCCCAAGGCACUUCUCCAAAAGAGUUCUUUAGCAUACUUCAAGAUAGCAUAGAAACGUGGAAAAAGGAUAAAAAGAAAGCAAUGUGGCUCCAUGUUCCAGUAGACAAAAGUUAUCUGAUACCAACUGCAUUUAAAAAUGGRUUUGAGUUUCACCACGCAGAAAAGAACUUUUCAAAGCUGUACAAAUGGUUACCAGACAAAUUGGAAUGUAAAGUCCCUGUUUAUGCCACUCACCACGUUGGAGUUUCAGGUCUUGUUCUCAAUGAAAAAACUUGUGAAGCAUUGGUAGUCCAAGACAGAAAGAAAUACAAACUAGGAGGAAAAUAUAAAACAUUUUGGAAAUUUCCUGGUGGACUAUCAGAUGAAGGAGAAAAUAUUGGAGCAACAGCAGAAAGAGAGGUUUUUGAAGAAACUGGAAUAAAGUCAGAAUUCCAGGCUCUGCUCCUUUUACGUCAGCAACAUAAAUCAAAAGCAACAUUCAACAAGUCAGACAUUUAUGUGGUAUGUAGAAUGAAGCCAUUGACACAUGAUAUAAUAUUAUGCAAUGAUGAAAUCCAAGAUGGCUGCUGGAUGCAUCUUCGUGAUAUUCUGCRACACCCUGAUACCUCUCCUGCGACUAAACUAGGUGCUAAGCUUGCUUUAAGUGGAGUUCAGUUUGGAUUUCAACAUUUUGACAUUACAGCAAGUCAAAUAAGGUCUUUAGUUGAGCCAUCUAUGAUGUGGUGUGUUUACCAUAGACCUUUAGAAAGUGUUGGUUUAUUGAGUGAACAGAAUGAGUUUACAGUGGAGCCUUCAUCAAGUAAUAACCACCCUCAGGAAAUGGCCAAGUGAUGUUUUGGUUGGGCUGCCUGURUAGGGAAGGCAGAGGAAGCCCAAAAUAAAAGCACACUGCAAAGGACAAAUUUAAUCAUUCAUUGUAGAGGCCACAAACUGAUCACGAAUGGAAUGACCAUUUGUCACAAAUGUAAUACUGACAGCAAAUGUACAUAACAAUUACACAAAUCUAAUAAUUUAGCACAAAUUAGAUUACCAUUGGUAGAAAAUGUGGUUAUGAUGCGAGGCCAUGUCACAUUUGUGAUCAAAUUGUUAUUACUUUUGUAAUUCAGUGGUUAUUUCAUUUGAGUUAAUUUAUUGUGACAUAUGUGAUCAAACAAACCCAAUUUAUUGCCCUCGUGCUACUGUGUGAGAAAUAUUGAUAUCAUGUUUUUAUUAUAAGAAUAUGUAAAAACCACCAGGUAUGUAAUUAAAUUUGAAGUAACAUUGUGUGAAUCAUAAAGGGCCACAAGAAUUACAACUAAAA